GCUAUCAAAUAGGUCGAAGUUGGCGGUAUUUGAUAAGCGAGUACAAAAUUUCUUUUAUAAGAUUAAUAAAAAAUGCCAGAAAACGUGCUAAAUGGAGAUCAUGUUGAGGUAAAGAAUGUUAAUUGUGAAACUCAAGACAAUGAUGAAGACAAUAAUGAAGCAGAUGUACAUUUCGAACCAAUAAUUUCAUUGCCAUUAAUAGAAGUAUCCAACAACGAAGAAGAUGAAGUUGAAAUGAUAAAAAUGAGGGCAAAGUUGUAUCGUUAUGAUUCUUCUAAUAAUCCUGCAGAAUGGAAAGAGCGUGGUACAGGGGAGGUGAAAUUAUUAAGACAUAAAACAAAAAAUACUGUAAGGGUUGUAAUGCGUAGAGAUAAAACACUUAAAAUCUGUGCUAAUCAUUUUGUAACUCCAUGGAUGGAAUUGAAACCCAAUUGUGGUAGUGAUAGAGCAUGGGUAUGGAGUGUACUUGCUGAUUAUGCAGAUGAACAGCUUAAGCCAGAAUUACUUGCCAUAAGAUUUGCAAAUGCAGAAAAUGCAACUGUUUGGAAAGAAGCUUUUGAAAAAGCAAAGAAGAUAGUGGGCUCUGAAUGUGAAAUAUAUGCUGGAAAAAAUAAUAUGGAAGAAAAACAAAUUGAGAGUGAUAGUGAACCUUCUAGUGAUGUAAGUUAUAGUGAAAGUACUGAUAAUAAAGAACAAGCUAACAAAUUGACAGCAGAAAUUGAAAAUGUGGAAACUUCUGAGAAACAAAUGAAGGAUGAAGGAAAUAUGGACAAAAUAUCUAAAGAACUUGAACAAUUACAAGUUCAGGAUGUGGAAGAAACAAAAUAAAGACAUACAUCUCCAUGAAUUAGAGGUGUUAACAAUAAGUGCACAUUCCAAUAUAAUCAUACAUGCAUGCAUAUGCUUAAGUAUUUGAUCAUUGAAUCUAAUGUAGAAAAAUAUUUUAGCAACA